GUGACCGAUUACAUAUCACCUAGCACGGUUGAGUACGCGAUCUUAUCACGCGUUUUCCAACGUAUUCACGUACGUUAAAGCCCACGGGAAGGUUUGAUCGAGUCAGAAGUCACGUCAUAAUCAGACAGUCAGUGCCGGCGGGCGUGUGAGAUGACAAGAUACUGGUGCUGCUGAGACACCCGCCGUCCCGCCAGAGCCGUAGUAGAGUAGUAGUAAGAGCCUAGCUAGCGUGCGAAUCUCAGUGCACAAGAGUGUGUGUUUAGUUCCCCGGAACCAGUUUCAUCUCCGUCGCUGCCGCACGUUCGCUCGGUGUGGUUGUGGUGUGUCUGAGAGACAAUUUAAAUUCAAUUCCAACCUCUCCAGUUCAUCCAGCCACUCGUCGUCAGGCCGGUUUAGCAGCAGCAGCAGCAGCAGCAGCAGCAGCAUAGGCAGCUUGGUAGCGCAAAGCGGCGCACCGUUGCAUUCACUCGCGUUCGAGAUUUGAAGGUGUUCAGUUCAAGUACUUCAGUCGAGCCGUGCGGUUCGCUUCCCAAAUCGAGUGUAGUAACUUAUUCGUGUUUAGCUAACUUAACUUCGUUUGCCGUUUAACUUGCCGUCAACAUGAAGGUGCUAGUCGUUCUAUCCGCCGUGCUGUGCGUCGCGCUGGCUAAGGAUCAGCCGAAGAAAGCCAUCGUGUACCUGAAUGGUAAUGCCGGCGUGACCGGUAACGUGACAAUCUCGCAGCCCUCGUGCACCGAACCCGUGUUCAUCGAGAUCAAUGCCGUGGGACUGACGCCAGGCAAGCAUGGAUUCCACAUCCACGAGAAGGGAGAUCUGACCGACGGAUGUGCCAGCACCGGUGGCCAUUACAACCCGGACAAGGUUAGCCACGGUGCACCGAACGAUCAGGUGCGUCACGUUGGAGAUCUGGGCAACAUUGUGGCCGACGAGAACGGUAUCGCCAAAACGUCCUACUCCGAUACCGUCGUGUCGCUGUACGGUGCCCGUAGCGUGAUCGGCCGUGCGAUCGUCAUUCACGCCGAAGUUGACGAUCUGGGAAAAACCAACCAUCCGGACUCGCUGAAAACCGGAAACGCCGGUGGACGCGUCGCCUGCGGUGUGAUCGGAAUUCUUGCGCCGUUCGAGGAGGCUGAGGAAGAGUGUAGCAGCGGCCAACCGGCGUUAGUCUUUCCGGCGUUCACGAUAUUCGCGUCAUUCUGCGCUGCUCGCAUGCUGGCCGCCUAAGGGCCCACAGCGUGCGUAAGGCAAACGAUUAAUUAUGGGUUUUGUGGAGAUAAUCUACGACAGUUGGUGCGUACCGGACGGACCGGUGUGCGGUCUAGCAGCGUGGGCAGUUCAACGAACUCGGUUUCCUGCACUUCGUCUUGCCCUACCGUCUUGCAGGGCUAGUCCCUUUCCACCCACCAAGAACGUUCGGAGACAUCCAGUGAGCCCACCACAACAUCAUGCCAUUAUGCCCUUUGGUUUGGCUCAGGGCUCCGUGGAGCGAAGGAACUGUAAAGGAAUCUAACAAUAGAAAAUUGGCUAGUAUAUAACACCGGUACCUAGGAACGUGCGCGCUCGUGGUGAAGAAAAGCGUUUCCUCCGAAAAUUCCGCCCUCGGUAAGCACUUCUUUGCGUGGUGAGCUCGUUUUCCUUCGCGCUCCAGCUUAAUGAUCCCCGGACAAAGAGGCGAUUGACAUCUUCUAACCCACCUCCACCACCAACGAUUGGACUCUCUCUCGAACUGUGAAGUAGCAGAGGUCCGUACGAACGAGUUGCUCUCCUGUGUUUUUUUUUGUUUUUUGCUUUUGUUAAGUGCGUUUUUGUGUAAAUAAAGUUGUUCUACCGAA